ACAGACACACGCUCACUCUCCCUAAAGGAGGGAGCGAGGCAGAGACACAGAGAGGGGAUUGAGAGGAGCAGGAGAGGAGGCUAUCUCUGGGCUGCUCUCCACUGCAGCGUCUGGCUUUCACUAAAAGGUCUAUGACCGUGUUUUUCCUGCGCUUGUUUGCCUAAUUUAUUCCUGCCGGGGCCAGCAGAAAGAAAGGGAGGAAAAGAAGAAGAAGGAGAAAAAAAAGACGGGCAGAAUAGUAAAGAGUGCAACAGUACACCCUGACUCGCUGACUGGGAAUGCAGAGAGGUUCUGGCCUCUGGUUGUUACUGCUGGAUGGACAAGCACUGACAAAACAAGAAACAACACUUUGUGGAGCUUUGAGAGAGGAGGAGAUUUCUCAACUCUGCCUUUUUGUUUUGGCUCUUUUUUUUCUCUGUGACAUUUGAGCCUCUGACACUACAGACUCUGAAGAGCUGGAAGAGCCACAAGACAACAUUUCACAGGAGAGGACGUCUUAUUUGCUGAACUUUGUUGCUGCAGACAUUAUUCCAUGAGUAAAAGGAGUGUAUUGUCUUAACACUUCUUAUUUCACUGGAUCUUUCUGGCUAUUUAUUGGGCACAGGGGUGAUCCUGAGCCAAAAGUUGAAGUAGCCCUGUGGUCAUCUCCUCUCUGAAUGCCAAAGAAAUAAAACCAAAAUUCUCCAUGAGUCUUUUUUUCUCUUGGGACAUAUGACUGAGCAUUUCCAGAGCAAAAAUAUUAUCUUAAUUCUCCUCUUCAUCACAGUCACGUCUGCUUCUAUAACAGCCUCGACAAGUCAAGAGUGAGUCUGGACUAGAACUGCCUCAGAUCAGCAGAUAACACCUCUGCACGGCAGGAACUGGUUGGACUCGUUUAGAAGUUGGAGGAGAGGGCAGGGCAGUUUAACCCUGCCUGAGGGAGAGUUGUGUUUUAUUUUCCUCCCACUUGCUUGUCCUUUUGGGAGAAAGUCAAGCGCUGAGAGAGGGGCAGAGCUUCUUUUUCAUUUGGAGAGCGACUGUUUUGUUCCUUGUCACUAUGCUUGAGGAUAGUUUUCUCAGAGCUCGGGAGCCAUUGAUCGGAGGUCAGGGCAAAGAACACGAGGGUGAAAGACAAGAACAGUAAGAGCAGAGGGAUUAAGGAAGAGCGAGAGAGAAAACAGCACUGGGAGGGACCUUCAGGUCAUUACAACCAGACGGCAAAGGGGAGAAAGGUCAACACGAGAGAGUUUGGGACAGCUUUUUGUCCCACUUCUUGAUCUUCUUGGACAAAACUGCCUUUUAAACAAACCUGGAGCCACUGUUUUCUUGUCUGAAAACACUUUUUAGACUUUGAGGGGAAGUUGAAAGCUGGGGGACAGGGCGGGUCUGUGUAUGAUCCACUCACGGGGCUGUGUGUCUCAGAGAAUAUGGCCAUGGUGAGCGGGGGAUGGGGCAACCCCAACGGGGACACUAAUGGACUGGGGGAGAAGGCUUACCUGAGGAGGGAGGAAGAGGACGGCUCACCUCAGCCCGGGAGCAGCGAUGUGGACGUCGGGGACGAGGACAAAGCCUGCGUGGUGGACUGUGUGGUGUGCGGGGACAAGUCCAGCGGGAAGCACUACGGCGUGUUCACCUGCGAAGGCUGCAAGAGCUUCUUUAAGAGGAGCAUCAGACGAAACCUGAACUACUCUUGCAGAUCAAAUCGAGAAUGCCAAAUCGACCAGCAUCACCGCAACCAGUGCCAGUACUGUCGUCUGAAGAAAUGUUUCCGUGUAGGAAUGCGCAAAGAAGCAGUCCAGAGGGGCCGAAUCCCUCCAUCUCACUCAGGUAUCAGCCCCAACUCCCUGGCAGGUGGCGUUGGAGGUGCAGGGCCAGGUCACAUUGGGGCGGACUACUUCAACGGGCAGCCAGUGUCAGAGCUCAUCUCCCAGCUCCUCCGGGCUGAGCCGUACCCCAGCAGCCGCUACGGGACCCCUUACAGUCAGGCACAGAUGCAGGCAUCUGCGAGCGGAGCCCCCGUCAUGGGCAUCGACAGCAUCUGUGAGCUGGCCGCCCGACUCCUCUUCAGCACCAUCGAGUGGGCAAGAAACAUCCCGUACUUCCCAGAGUUGCCAGUCUCAGAGCAGGUAGCGCUGCUGAGGCUGAGCUGGAGUGAGCUCUUCAUCCUGAACGCAGCUCAGUCUGCUCUGCCUCUACACAUGGCUCCUCUGCUGGCAGCUGCCGGGUUCCACUCAUCUCCCAUGUCUGCCGAGCGUGUGGUGUCCUUCAUGGACCAGGUCAGGGUUUUCCAGGACCAGGUGGACAAGCUGAACAGGCUGCAGGUGGACACAGCUGAGUACAGCUGCCUCAAAGCCAUUGCACUCUUUUCACCAGAUGCAUGUGGUCUGACGGACCCAGCCCACGUGGAGUCCCUGCAGGAGAAGGCCCAGGUGGCCCUAACGGAGUACGAGAGGUUGCAGUACCCCAACCAGCCCCAGCGCUUCGGCCGCUUACUGCUGCGCCUCCCAGCUCUGCGCGCCGUGCCGGCCAACCUCAUCUCCCAGCUCUUCUUCAUGCGGCUGGUGGGCAAGACACCCAUCGAGACGUUGAUCCGAGACAUGCAGCUGUCAGGGAGCUCCAUCAGCUGGCCCUACGUACCAGGACAGUGAAACCCGUUGACUCCAGAGUGAGACAGACUGAGAUCAGACUGGGAGGAAUCAGAGCUCACAAAGAUUACAUACAAAGUACAAACUGAAUGUUUUCAACACAAACCGGGAUCCAUGAUUGUUUAAGGUUCUUGUUUGUGAAUGUAGAGGUCAGCUUUUUCCCACAUUAGCUCUGUAAAGUUUGGUGGGUGUCACACCGAAGCUGCUUUCAGGGAAACAAAAUGUGUAAUUGUCUUUAUAUAAAUGUGUGUGUGUGUGUGUGUGUGUGUGUGUGUGUGUGUGUGUGUUUGCAGCACUUGUCAGUUUGGCUCUGACCUUCGUCUGAUCUCUGUCCGUCUCACUCUGGACAAAAACACAGGGCUCUAAUUAAAAUGCAGACUCUAACAUGAGGCCAUGUGCCUGUACUACCUCCUCCCAUAUCACCCCUAAUGUGACUCAGUUUGAACCCAGGCUCUAUGUGUGUGUGUGUGUGUGUGUGUGUGUUUGUGUUUGUGUUCUCCCUCUGCUUUGUUUUUGAAAAUAAAGCCAUAGCAGUGCCAUCUUUACAGGCCGAGCUUUAUACCUGGGACAUGUCGUGCAGAUCAGUCGUGUCAUGUUUGAUAUGUGGGAUGAAAUAUCAGACUUUGUUACCAAAUGUGUUUGUGAAGACUGCAGUGUGUCACCUUGUACAGCAUGAAAACGAAAAAGAGGCAUGGGCAUUGUAUAUUGUACUAUAUGAAGCACUACAAGACAUAUUUUGUGUGUUAUGUACUUAAAAGGAAUAGUUAAACAUUUUGGGUAAUACGCUUAUUUGCUUUCUCACAGAGUUAGAUGAAAAGAUUGAUCGCACUUAUAUGUCUGUACAGUGAAUAUGAAGCUACAGCUAGUAGCUGGUUAGCUUAGCUUAGCAUAAAAACUGAAAACAGGGGAAACAAGUAGCCUGGCUGUGGCUGAAAAGAAUAAAAUCAGCCUGCCAGCACACCUAAACUCAUUAACAUAUGUUGCCACCUCUGUUUAAUCUGCAAAAACCUGUUUUCUUUCUGGAGUCUCCACUGGUUGCAAAAGUCAGCCGAAUAUCCCACUAAAAAAACAGCAAUUUGACUUUUUUUACACGUAAUUUUCAACAAAUUAAUACAACUUUUUAAUUAGUGAGUUUUAAAAGUGCUAGUAGGCCGAUUUUGUAACCUUUGGACAGAGACAAGUUAGCCGUUUCCCCAAUUUCCAGUCUUUAUGCUAAGCUAAGCUAACCAGCUGUUGGGUCCAGCUCCAUUUUUACUGUACAAUAGGUAAAAAAGUGAAUAACCGAAUUCCAUAAAAUGUUGAGCUGCUCCUUUAAUAUAUAGUAUAUUACACAGUCAUGUUCUUGCAGUAGUAAUCGACAGGAAGUGGAGGUGAACGUACUGAAACACACCCUGGCUCCUCAGACAGUCACAUCCCUGUCAAACAUUGUUACCUCAUGUUUUAUACAUCAAAGACAAAGAUUGUAUAUCCAUGUGCUAAAGAUAAAUAUAAAGGGAUCAAAGUAUCUUUAUCACAAAAACCAUAAACACUAAUGUUCCCUUAUAGACGCGUCUGUCCAUCGGACUUUGGCCAAAAUAUAUUUGAAAAUGUUUUGAAAUGUGAUGUUUAAUGUAAGUUUGAUAUCUAAUUUACAGAAACACUGAGUUAAGUGACCCUUUGGACUUAUCUCUGCAAACAGGAGACUCUUUCCUUUGCUUUUCUAAAGUUAGAGGUAGUUCAUUUAAUUUCUUUUUCACAUUUGUCUCCUUUAAAAAAAAAAAAGCUAUCUGUGUGAAAGCACAGCCUGAAGUGGGCAGAGGUCACUCUCAGAUAAUUAUUAUGCUUAUGCAAGGUACUCCACGUGUUGUAAGUAUUGUAAAGGUUAUGGUGUUUGUUGGUACUGAGAUAAAGGGUACCAAGUAGUCACAUUCGUGAGUGUUAUUGCCAUGAAAUUCAGCUCAAUGUGACAAAUGUUUUUCUUGCCAAAUUACCUGACUGAAAGAAAAGACAAUGUGGGGGACAAACGUGUUUUUGGUAUGACUGUUUUUUUGUAUUAUUCAUAAAGAAAAGGCAACAGUCAUCUCUGAUGCUGUCAGACAAUUUCAUCUACAGCUCUUCGUGCUGUCCUUGAAUCACUUUGUGUCAUUUGUUGGAAUAUAGUGAUUUGACUGUUUAGCUUUACUCUGAAAAGACGCAUGUUUCGAUGACCAUGCCAAAACUUAAAAAUGCAAAAGACGUUCAAAUGGCUGACUGGUUAUUUUUUUGCAUUACUAGAAAUAAAAGUAUGCACAUUCCUUCUCUG